AGAACACAUUGAGAGAAAAAAGUGUCAACUGCAAAGUGGCAGCGCUGCAGACAGAGUAAACAGCCAAGUAGCCAACCGUCUAUGGUGGUGAAACGGACAGUACUCUCCAAGGUGUUGAUUCAUUCAAAGAAUUUUAGAUGUCACUGCAGUAUGCCCACAUACUUGAGAAUAGCUGCAGGGCUUACACAAAUUUCUUAUAGCCUAAUUUUCCAGAAAUCAAUGUACAGCAACAUUUUUAGACGACACUGCAGAACACCUGUCAUAUUAUGCAUAUGCACACAUACUCAGCUAUGGGGCUUGCAAGACCAGAAUUUCAUGUAAUUUUCAAGACGUCAAUGUAGCAGUAGAACAAAUAUCACGAUACAGGAAUAUAACUUCAAAUAAAAUAAAUCAAUGUAUGCUACAGCAGAACACACAUAUGAUAAUACAUAGGACUCCUGCCUGUGUGAUAAUAAGAAGCACAUAUCCAUAUUACCUUCACAGCACCGAACAAUUUUGUAAAGGAAAUAAAAAUGUCCUACCUUAGUUUUCAAAACCUCCCACAAUGACUCUCCGCAUGUCAAGUCCAUUUAACUCCAGAGAGUCAAUUUGUUGCUCAAAGCCAUGAGCGGGCCUGUGACGAUUAGCUUCCUUCCAGGGAUUUUCUGAAGACUCUGGCUGUAGUGUCUAUUUUUUCAUUUUCAGUGUUAACUAUUUUAAUUUAACUAGGCAAGUCAGUUAAGAACAAAUUCUUAUUUCCAAUGACGGCCUACCCCUAAUCCAAACGACGCUGGGCGAAUUGUGCGCUGCCCUAUGGGACUCCCAAUCACGGCCGGUUGUGAUAGAGUCUGGAGUCAAACCAUGACACCUCUAGCACUGAGAUGCAGUGCCUUAGACCACUGCACCACUCGGGAGCCCUAAAAACUAUAACCUGGUUGUCCUCUUUAGCCUUGUCUAUAAGGCUUGCUGCAACCAACUGUGCCUUGGUUCGGGCAUGUUGAAAAAAAAAAUCUGUGGGCUUUGUUUACGUCUGAGGCAUAGGAUGUUAAUUUUCUGUACAUCCCACCCACUCUUUUGCUAGUUUAAUCCCUCCCGGUCGUUUCUAGACCCAAGCUCCCUACCCUGUUGCACGUUGUACAGCCCAACUUUUAAUUCUACAUGACAAGCCAGGGGUUAUACGUUUGAUUGUUCUUGAACUGCAAAUUGCACCUGCUCUGAGCACUUCGUUGGUGGAUGCACUGGAAUCAGUGUGGCAGGAUAGGAUGAUUACACAGAAGGAUUGCCAUGCUUUUACUUGAUGGUGUUUUUGGGGGGACGGGAGAAAUAAUGAGGAGGUAACUUGAUUUAACGCCGAUCGCUUUUAUUCGAAUGUCUACAGUGCGAACAGUGAAACAAUUAAUAAAUCAUGCCGCGAGAGGUACCGGAUCAAACAAAGUCAUAUCUGAAAAGGUGCCGGAUCCUCUCAGAGAGUUUCUCCCAUCCGGCUGACCAAAGUCCAUGUAGGAUGUGUUUUCAUCUACUGCCAACAGUAGAUAAAUAUCUAAUUUCAGUGUAAAAUGCUCCUGCCAAAUAGGUUCCAAAUGUGCUGAAACAGAUUCAAUACGCCUCAAUGCCCUAGUUUCCUAUCUGUCACCAAAGUUAGUCCCUUUCCUUAGCUUUGUGGCUAGUGGCAAAAACAUACCCAUCUACAGUUUAUGGAGUGCAAACACUGUUGAACAGGCAGCUAUAUCUUUACAACAUAUAGUGCUGACACACCAGAAUAUAGUGAGUUUCAUUGAUUGAGUGCCAGCAAAGAUGGCCGCUGUAUCUCUGGUCCAGUGUGCGCAGUUAAUCAUCGCUCUGUUUUUCCAAGGACCCUAUUUUCUGGAGUUUUUGUCAUGGACCGUGAUAGAGGACUGUGAGUUUAUAAUCAAAUGCAAGUGUUACUGUAUCAUUCUGGGUCCAUGUGACCAACGUAAGCAAGGAUACGACUCUGAAGUGGUUCAAGGACGGCGUGGAGACUCCAGCUGUGUAUGACCAGCAGACGAGUCAGCACCAUGACUCUGCAACAGGUGACUAAGAAGGAGGCAGGCCACUGCAAAGCUGUGGCGUCUGAUGGUAGAGGACAGGAUGUGAGCACACUGGAGUUACUACAUGAAGAGUAUGACAAGCUCCUCCAACUCCUGAGCAAACAGUGUGCGCUGUCUGCAGGCCCAGUGAGGAUUCAAUGCACUGCUAUGGGCUUCAAGCUCUACUGCUCUCUCAAGUACUAUAUCAGCUACAUGAAGACCAGCUGGCACUUCAAGGAGAGUAGGAUUGGCCAGUUGGAGAGGUGUAAGCCUGGCAGCAGUAUGCCGAAGCUGUGGGUCGAGGUCUUUGCGCCCACGGAGAACGAUAAGGGGAAGUACACCCUGGAGAUGUUUGAUGGUCAAGAAAAGCACACCCGCUCACUAGGCCUAUCUGGACAAGCCUUUGCUGAUGCUCUUUUGGAAUACCAGAGGUUGAAGCAAGUGGCGGUUGCUGCGAAAAAUCGGGCCAAGGUGACCAAGGGCCUACCAGAUGUGGUAGCUAUCAUGGAGAAUGAAUCUCUGUGCUUGACCUGCUUCGCUGACGGUGACCCUGCCCCAGAGAUGUUCUGGCUGAGGAACGACAAAGGCAUCGCCUCGGGGGGGCCAGUUAAACAUCGCCAACGAGAAUAAGUGCACACUCUGACCGUCAACAAUGUGACUAGCGAGGACUCGGGCAACUACAGCAUCUUUGUGCGCAACCAGUACGGCACUCAGACGGUCAACGUGACCAUAAGCGUGUACAAGCACGGCGCCCGAUGCAGUGGAGAUGUAAGGAAGGGGUGUUGGUUUUGUUGCACUAAGAGACGAUUCCAACUGGGUACAGACGUCAAUUCAAUGUAUUUUCCACGCUGGUUCCACAUGACAUGAAAACAACGUUGAUUCAACCAGUGUGUGCCCAGUGGGUUGUGUUUGAGUGGUGGUUGAGCCAGUUCGUUUUCAUGGGGUUAAAUUGGAGUUAAUGGGGAGUGAAAUGCUAGAAGCGGUUAAUUUGUGGCAUUGGGAUGUAGCAAUGACUAAGAAGUUAUUUGUGCAAGAGGGAAUGCGGUCAAUUAGAACUAUUUGAGGUCCAGUCAAAAAUGCAACAACCUGUAUUGUUGUGUCAUUAGACUACCAAUAAAUAUCCCAAGAGUGUCAGCUACAAUUUUAUGAUGUCGACCCUUUCUUUCUGGAGUAAUUUAAUAAUAGGACAUGUGAGCAGGGGCUAGAAAGCUCUGAAGUAGGAUUCAAUGGCCAAGGCGAGCACAUUAAAUGUUAAUUUCAUGUCUUGACAGCAGCAGACUUGAUGCCAAUUGCAAUUAUCUCCCAUGUUGUAUUUCACUAGAGGUGUCAUGUUAGUCAUGCACACGGAGCAGAUUACAUAGGUGCGCGACACAUCAAGUGCGUUUUUCUAUAUCAACCUAAUUUAUGCUCUUACCUCCCUGUAUUAAGGCUGUAAUCUCACUCACUCAGUCGGCACCUGCAUCUCAAGUAGGUCUAUUAGCCUGUUAGCUCUCCACAUACAGUGUUUGUCCUAUCACGUGUCUCUGCAAUCGCUUCUAAUAAAGCUGCUAAUAAAGUAAUUUGAUCUUGGUGGCUCAACACCGUUUCAUUCACCUCAA